UGCAUUUCCAUGAAAUCCUGCGGAGUGUCGUUUGCUGCUGCCGCCGUCGCUUUUGGUGAUGAGGAAAAGAAAAUGGCGGCGGGAAAAGCGAGCGGCGAGAGCGAAGAGAAAUCUCCCAGUCUGACAGCCGAAGAGAGGGAGGUGCUCGGCGGGCUAGAUAGCCGACUUUUCGGGUUCGUGAAUUUUCAUGAAGAUGGCGCCAGGACGAAGGCCCUUUUGGGCAAGGCUGUUCGCUGCUAUGAAUCUCAAAUCUUAAAAGCUGAAGGAAAAGUGGAGUCUGAUUUCUUUUGUCAAUUAGGUCACUUCAACCUUUUAUUGGAAGAUUAUCCAAAAGCAUUAUCUGCAUACCAGAGGUACUACAGUUCCCAAUCUGAUUACUGGAAGAAUGCUGCCUUUUUAUAUGGUCUUGGUUUGGUCUACUUCCAUUACAAUGCUUUUCAGUGGGCAAUUAAAGCAUUUCAAGAGGUGCUUUAUGUUGAUCCCAGCUUUUGUCGAGCCAAGGAAAUUCAUUUACGACUUGGGCUUAUCUUCAAAGUGAACACAGACUAUGAGUCUAGUUUAAAGCAUCUUCAGUUAGCUUUGGUUGAUUGUAAUUCCUGCACGUUGUCCAAUGCUGAAAUUCGAUUUCACAUAGCCCAUUUAUAUGAAACCCAGAGGAAGUACCAUUCUGCAAAGGAAGCUUAUGAAAAACUUUUGCAAACAGAAAAUCUUUCUGCACAUGUAAAAGCUACUAUCUUACAACAGUUAGGUUGGAUGCAUCAUACUGUGGAUCUCUUAGGAGAUAAAGCCACCAAGGAAAGUUAUGCUAUUCAGUAUCUCCAAAAGUCAUUGGAAGCAGAUCCUAAUUCUGGCCAGUCCUGGUAUUUCCUCGGAAGGUGCUAUUCAAGUAUUGGGAAAGUACAGGAUGCCUUUAUAUCUUAUAGGCAGUCUAUUGAUAAAUCAGAAGCAAGUGCAGAUACAUGGUGUUCAAUAGGUGUACUCUAUCAGCAGCAAAAUCAGCCUAUGGAUGCUUUACAGGCCUAUAUUUGUGCUGUACAAUUAGAUCAUGGUCAUGCUGCAGCCUGGAUGGACCUUGGCACUCUUUAUGAAUCCUGCAAUCAGCCUCAGGAUGCCAUUAAAUGCUACUUAAAUGCGACUAGAAGCAAAAAUUGUAAUAGUACCUCUACACUUGCAGCAAGGAUUAAAUAUUUACAGGCUCAGUUGUGUAACCUUCCACAAAGUAGUCUACAGAAUAAAACUAAAUUACUUCCUAGUAUUGAGGAGGCAUGGAGCCUACCAAUCCCCGCAGAGCUUACCUCCAGGCAGGGUGCCAUGAACACAGCACAGCAGAAUACUCCUGAUAAUUGGAGUAGUGGCCGUGCUGUGUCACAUCCUCCAUUACAGCAACAAGCUCAUUCAUGGUGUUUGACACCCCAGAAAUUACAGAACUUAUAAUGGUUCUGUUCAAGUAGAAAUAAUGUAAAUCCAGUCCAGAAACUGAUAGAAAAGCUGGAAAGUCAGUUUCUCUUAAUGCAGAAAUACCAAUUACAAAUAGGAGUUGCACAGGUACGAUCUACUGGAAUUCCUAAUGGGCCAGCAGAUGACCUAUCUCUGCCUACAAACUCUGUCUCUGGUCAGCAGCCACAGCUUGCUCUGACCAGAGUGCCUAGUGUCUCUCAACCUGGAGUCCGUCCUGCCUGCCCUCGACAACCUUUGGCAAAUGGACCCUUUUCUGCAGGCCAUAUUUCCUGUAGCACAUCUAGAACACUGGGAAUUACAGACAGUAUUUUGAUAGGCAAUAAUCACUUAAUGAGAAGUGGAAAUAAUGGAAAUGUGCCUUACCUGCAACUGAACUCUCUCACUCUACCUCAUAACCGCACAAACCUGACCAAUAACACAGAGGAGCCGUGGGAAAACCAGCUUUCUGUCUCCACUCAGGGGCUUCACAAAAGUCAGAGUUCACAUUUGGCAGGUCCUAAGGGUGAACGACCUCUCUCUUCCACUGGGCCCUCCCAGCAUCUCCAGGCAACUGGCUCUGGCAGUCAGAAUCUGAAUGGAUAUCCCACCUUGCCUAGCAAUUCAGUGACACAGGGGGCUUCUCUUGGUCACCUCUCCUCUCAUACUGCUACCUCAGGUGGACAAGGCAUUACCUUAACCAAAGAGAUCAAGCCUUCAGGAAAUACAUCUAUAGUGCCUGAAAUAAACAGGCACACUGGAGAGACACCUAACAGCGUUACCAGUGUCGAAGAACUUCCUAAUCAUGUCCAUCAGGUCAUGGCAGAUGCUGUUUCCAGUUCCAGUUGUGGAGCUUCUAAGUCACCAGGUUUACUAAGUUCAGACAAUCCUCAGCUUUCUGCCUUGUUGAUGGGAAAAGCCAAUAACAAUGUGGGUACUGGAGCCUGUGACAAAAUCAAUAACAUCCAUCCAGCUCUUCAUACAAAGACUGAUAAUUCUGUUGACUCUUCACCAUCCUCAGCUAUUUCUACAGCAACACCAUCUCCAAAGUCCACUGAGCAGACAACCACAAACAGUGUUACCAGCCUUAACAGCCCUCAUAGUGGGCUACACACCAUGAAUGGGGAAGGAAUGGAAGAAUCUCAGAGUCCCAUGAAAACAGAUCUCCUUCUGAUUAACCACAAAACUAGUCCUCAGAUCAUACCUUCAAUGUCUGUGUCCAUAUAUCCCAGUUCAGCAGAAGUUUUGAAAGCGUGCAGGAAUCUAGGUAAAAAUGGCUUGUCUAACAGCAUUUUGUUGGAUAAAUGUCCACCUCCAAGACCACCAUCUUCACCAUACCCUCCCUUGCCAAAGGACAAGUUGAAUCCACCUACACCUAGUAUUUAUUUGGAAAAUAAACGUGAUGCUUUCUUUCCUCCAUUACAUCAAUUUUGUACAAAUCCAAAUAACCCUGUUACAGUAAUACGUGGCCUUGCUGGCGCUCUUAAGUUAGACCUUGGCCUUUUUUCUACCAAAACCUUGGUAGAAGCUAACAAUGAACACAUGGUCGAAGUGAGGACACAGUUGUUGCAGCCUGCAGAUGAAAACUGGGAUCCUACUGGAAUGAAAAAAAUCUGGCAUUGUGAAAGUAAGAGAUCUCAUACUACAAUUGCUAAAUAUGCUCAAUACCAGGCUUCCUCGUUCCAGGAAUCACUGAGAGAAGAAAAUGAGAAAAGAAGUCACCAUAAAGACCACUCUGAUAGUGAAUCCACAUCUUCAGAUAAUUCUGGAAGGAGGAGGAAAGGACCUUUUAAAACCAUAAAGUUUGGGACCAACAUUGACCUGUCUGAUGACAAAAAGUGGAAGUUACAACUACAUGAGCUGACUAAACUUCCUGCUUUUGUGCGUGUCGUAUCAGCAGGAAAUCUUCUCAGCCAUGUUGGCCAUACCAUACUGGGCAUGAACACAGUUCAGCUGUAUAUGAAAGUUCCAGGAAGCAGAACUCCAGGUCAUCAAGAAAAUAAUAACUUCUGUUCAGUUAACAUAAACAUUGGUCCAGGUGACUGUGAAUGGUUUGUUGUUCCUGAAAGUUAUUGGGGUGUUCUAAAUGACUUCUGUGAAAAAAACAAUUUGAAUUUCCUAAUGGGUUCUUGGUGGCCCAACCUUGAAGAUCUUUAUGAAGCAAAUGUUCCAGUAUAUAGGUUUAUUCAGCGACCUGGAGAUUUGGUCUGGAUAAAUGCAGGCACUGUACAUUGGGUUCAGGCUAUUGGCUGGUGCAACAAUAUUGCUUGGAAUGUUGGUCCACUUACAGCCUGCCAGUAUAAAUUGGCAGUAGAACGAUACGAAUGGAACAAAUUACAAAGUGUGAAGUCAGUAGUACCCAUGGUUCAUCUUUCCUGGAAUAUGGCACGUAAUAUCAAGGUCUCAGAUCCAAAGCUUUUUGAAAUGAUUAAAUACUGUCUUCUGAGAACUCUGAAGCAAUGUCAGACUUUGAGAGAUGCUCUUAUUGCUGCAGGAAGAGAGAUUAUAUGGCAUGGGCGAACAAAAGAAGAACCAGCUCAUUAUUGUAGCAUUUGUGAGGUAGAAGUUUUUGAUCUGCUUUUUGUAACAAAUGAGAGCAAUUCUCAAAAAACUUACAUAGUACAUUGCCAAGAUUGUGCUCGAAAAACAAAUGGAAACCUGGAAAAUUUUGUGGUGCUAGAACAGUACAAAAUGGAGGACCUGAUGCAAGUCUAUGACCAGUUUACAUUAGCUCCUCCAUUACCAUCCUCUUCAUCUUGA